CAGGGUGAAAGAGGAAGAAAUUUAAAUAGCUCUUCAAUUCAAUUCUAUUUAUCUCUAUUGUUAUUCUGAUCUUUAAUCAUCAGGAUUUUCUUUCAUUGAAAGUCUUCCUUUUCAACUGAUUUAGUUAUUGUUUUUGUCUCUUUUCAAACAUGUGAUCUCUUCUCAUGUGUAAACAGAAAGAAUCAAAUGUUUUGUUGUGAUUUCUCACCGACUCGAUGAUAAUCCAGUUCAUUGUGAUGGAAAUUUUCGUUUUUAAUUUUGCAAAAUUUUAAUAGAAAAUUAAUUAAUCUUUUUUCAUUUUUUUAUUUAUUUCAGUUUGAGAAACAAGAUGAAAGCUCUAGAGUUCAAAGUUGUCUCCAAAUGUAAAUCUACACGAGGCAGAAAGAGUGACCUUAUUUUGGAACCAACUUCCCCUCAUGGUGCUCGAACUCUGGUAAAAACACCCGUUUUCAUGCCUGUCGGGACCAAUGGGACACUUAAAGGUUUUCUUCCUGAUCAAAUCGAAGCUACCGGAUGUAACAUGAUGUUGUCCAACACUUACCAUUUGGCCUCCAGACCAGGAGCUAAAGUGGUCGCUGCCGCCGGUGGGCUACACAAGUUCAUGAACUGGAAGAAUGGUCUACUUACUGAUUCCGGUGGAUUUCAAAUGGUGUCUUUGUCCAAACUUAUGGAGCUCGAUGAAAACGGAGUCGUGUUCACAUCACCUUAUGACGAUGCAAUGGAAACUGUUCUCACUCCAGAAGGAGCGACUUCCAUCCAACAUGAAAUCGGUGCUAAUAUAAUCAUGCAACUAGAUGAUGUUAUCUCAUCAACACACUCAGACAAGGAUCGUUUUAUUGAGGCCACACAUCGAACCAUCCGUUGGUACGAUCGGUGUAAGACUCGUCAUUCAGGCUCUGAAGGAAGACAGAAUCUAUUCCCGAUCGUUCAAGGUGGGUUAGAUCCCGACUUACGGGCGCAAUGCGCUAAGGAAAUCGCUUCAAGAGAUCCGCCGGGCGUUGCUAUUGGAGGUCUGAGCGGUGGGGAAUGUAAAGUCGAUUUCAUCAAAAUGGUCGCUUGUUCAACUGCUAAUCUUCCCGAGGAUAAACCGAGAUACUUAAUGGGAGUCGGUUUUGCUGUUGAUUUGAUACUAUGUUCGGCUUUAGGUGUUGAUAUGUUUGAUUGUGUUUACCCAACACGAACAGCUCGUUUCGGUUGUGCUCUAGUUGGACUUGGAACUAAACUCAAUCUAAAAUGGUCAACAUUUCAAAAUGAUCUCAAUGUCAUCGAAACUGGUUGCGACUGUUAUGCUUGCGCCAACAAUUACAAGCGAUCAUUACUUUACCACCUUCUUAAAAAGCGAAAUACUGUCGCUUGUCACCUGAUUAGUCAACAUAAUGUUAGAUUUCAAAUGCGAUUCAUGAAUAAAAUCAAGGAGUCGAUUGAAUGUGGAAAUUUACCCUCGUUGAUCAUUCAAACUCUUGAUCAACAUUAUAAGAGUAAAAAGGACUACCCAGAAUGGGUAUUAACAGCUCUCGAAAUUUUGAAGAUCGAAUUUUAAUUCCAAGGAAUAUUUGAUUGAAAACAAUCAACGUUUCAUCAAUCAAACUAUUUCUCGGCUCAAUUUUAAUCAAUGACGAAAAAUGAUUCUCUGUAACUUGACCAAAUUGUAAACCAAAUCAAAAAGCAAAAACAAAAUGUCACAAUCACUCGAAAAUCACAGUAUUAAAUAAAAAACGAUUGAUUUUAAUUCGCUUAAUAAGAAA